UGACGCAAAAGAAGCCAGUGUCCGGGCGUCAGCCAUCUUCUCUUAAAUUGUCAACCGAGCUCUUGGAGCGGUCUGCUGUUGGACAACAAAAGAACAACAACAGCGAUCAUGGGAGCUGUUUUGGGUUUGUGCUCGAUGGCAAGCUGGAUCCCGUGUCUCUGUGGCAGCGCCCCCUGUCUGCUAUGUCGAUGCUGCCCCAGUGGAAAUAAUUCCACAGUGACUCGCCUCAUCUAUGCCUUCUUCCUGCUUCUGGGAGUGGCUGUUGCCUGUAUCAUGUUGAUGCCUGGCAUGGAGGGCCAGCUCAAGAAGAUUCCAGGUUUCUGUGAAGGAGGGAGGGGUUCGUCUAUUCCUGGUGUGGAGGGACAUGUGAACUGUGAUGUGCUGGUUGGCUACAAGGCCGUGUACCGUGUUUGCUUCGGAAUGGCUAUGUUCUUCCUGCUUUUCUCUCUGCUCAUGAUCAAAGUCAAGAGCAGUAAAGACCCCCGUGCUGCACUCCACAACGGGUUUUGGUUCUUCAAGUUUGCAGCAGCUGUUGCCAUCACUGUUGGAUCCUUCUUCAUCUCAGAAGGGCCCUUCACUACUGUGUGGUUCUACAUCGGUAUGGCGGGGGCCUUCUGUUUCAUCCUCAUCCAGCUUGUUUUACUCAUCGACUUUGCCCAUUCUUGGAACGAGUCCUGGGUGGAGAAGAUGGAGGAGGGCAACUCUCGCUGUUGGUAUGCAGCUCUGCUGUCAGUCACCACAGUCAGCUACCUGCUGUCUCUGGUGUCUCUGGUCAUGUUCUAUGUCUACUACACCCACUCUGAUGGCUGCACUGAAAACAAGGUCUUCAUAAGCAUCAACAUGCUCCUCUGCAUCGCUGCCUCCGUCAUGUCCAUCCUGCCACAGAUCCAGGAGUCCCAGCCCAGGUCUGGCCUGUUGCAGUCUUCUCUGGUGACAUUGUACACCAUGUACCUGACCUGGUCUGCUAUGACCAAUGAGCCUGACAGGAAAUGUAACCCAAGCCUUCUGGGCAUUAUUGGGCUAAACACCACAAGUCCUGGCAGUCAGAACCAUGUGGUUCAGUGGUGGGAUGCCCAAGGGAUUGUGGGAUUGAUCCUUUUCCUCAUGUGUGUCCUUUACUCCAGCAUCCGCAAUUCAUCCAAUGCCCAAGUCAACAAGCUGACUCUGACCAGUGAUGAGUCUGCUCUCAUUGAAGAUGGGCCUCAGACGGACAGCUUUGAGGAGGGAAACGGCCCCAACAGAGCUGUGGACAAUGAGAAAGAUGGUGUCACGUAUUCUUACUCUUUCUUCCACUUCAUGUUGUUCCUUGCGUCGCUCUACAUCAUGAUGACCCUCACCAACUGGUAUAGCCCUGACUCCAAGUAUGAGGCCAUCACCAGCAAGUGGCCGUCUGUGUGGGUGAAGAUCUCCUCCAGCUGGAUCUGCAUCGCACUCUAUGUGUGGACAUUGGUGGCUCCACUGGUCCUGGUCAAUAGGGACUUUGACUGAAACUGCACACUGUCCCACUGCUCCAAAUAUUGAAGCUUUCACCUGUGUUUUGUUACUGCAAAUUAAGAAACUUAGUAGUUAAAUAACAUUGCAUGAGUCAGUGCUGAAGGAAUGGUUGUUUAUUGGCUCUGGUGAGUUGCUUGUAUUGCUGAGUGUAGCUACAUAACCAGAAGGUGAUGAACUAGUCAGGACGUUCAUGUGUUUUGUUUUGUUUUUGUUUUUUCCAGCUGUGACUUCAGCCCAUUCUCAUGAAUCCUUAACAGUUCAUUGCAGUCAUUAGUAUAUCCUGUUAAACCCACUGACGACUUGCACGUUUUUCUUUGAAAACUCGACGUGAUGUUAACAGUAGUUGUAUCUGAAAAGGUUCCUAUGAUCCUGCGUGCACAUCAACUCUGCACUGUAAUGUUCUGUAUGCUGUUUCCUGCUUAAAAAAAGGGAAAAAAUGUUUUUAUUCUUUUGAGUUGUGCAUGAGCAGCUGUGACAUUUAGAAGCAAGAGUAGGUUCCCACUGGCUCCAUCACCCUGCGUGAGCAGUGUUGUGCAUAUGUGUUGGUGUAGAUAGUUCUUCUUUAUAUUGCACAUGUCUGCACAUGCUCAGCUAAUUGAGUAACAAGAUGCAUUCUUGUUUUUGUUGCUUCUGACUUGCUUUUUGAUAACAUUUGUGGUUUUGACUGCUUGACAAGCUUCCUGAUAAGUUCUUGUGUAGCACAUUAGCUUGUUUCAGACAUAUUGUGGAUGUGUUUGACUCUCAUCUGUGAUAUUUUUUCUUUUUCUUUUUGACCUAACAGUAUAUUGUAACUGAUUUAAUAAAAGAAAUAUGGGCGGGGGGAGUCAAGUCUAA